AUGGAUCUACUUUUCGACGGCUACCGGCCCAUCUAUAAACGCCACGCACUAGGCUGGGAAGUCGAAUCUACAUUUCUGCUCAGCACCUCACAGCAGAUGUGCUAUUACAAAGAUAAACUGUUCGGCGGAUAUGCUACUUUUCUGAUGGACCGGAUUCUUGUCGAUAGCUGUAAACCCACAACUGAGGAACCUGCAUUCACCGCUUACCUCAACACAUCUUUUAAACGACCGAUUGCCCCUACAACACCAAUAAUGCUCCGUGCAUGGCCUGAGAAACUUGAUGGUCGGAAAACCUUUGUCAGGGGAUCGGUACAUGUUCUUGGUGAAAGUGAUGAGUGA